AUGAAAUUUAUUCGCGUGGAGGACCCCACCAACAAAUGCCCAGGCACCGUGGCAAUCAAGGGCAUCAGUGGCAGUACCACCAGCAAACUACAGUACCAGCAGUGGCAUAACCAACAGCUCCUGCUCCAGCAGCAACUACCAGCACCAACAGAACAAACACUGCUCCAAGCACCGGAACAGCAACAGGAGCCAGCUGAGGAAGAGUCGAUGGAGAUGAGAGAACCUCGCGCUCGGAUGGAAGUCUACUUUUCUAGGCUUCGAAGUGAUGAUUCAUCAAGAAGUGAGGCCAACCCAUAA